AAUAAAACACUUAUUAAUGAAAAUAUUAUUGGUAAAUCAUCGGUGUUGCUAAAAUUCAAAAUAGCUUACCAAGCAACUAUAACUGGGUCGAAUUCGUAUUGCUAUCCGGUUAGUUAGAGUUUAAAGUUAAUUGGCGUAACAUUAUUCCAAUGUGGUAAAGAUAAAGUUUUUGAGAAUGAAAUUUUACCCACAACUGUUCAUCUGGACUUACGUCCUCUUACCGGCCAUAUGUCUUCUCAUAACGCCAGCACUGGUAAGCUGCGUAGCGCGAGCUCAGCACCAGAAAGCGAAGCUGAUUACUCACGCAUUACAAUCCAGAGUUAAGACAGCUGCAAGAAUUGCUCGAGGUAGAACACCCAAGUUAGGACAACGAAGCUACACUCUUACCAAUGAAAUUCGCCCGUUAAAGAGUAGGAAUAAAAGAGACGCCACUGAUGAUACCGAAAGUAUGGAUAUGAGAUUGCGAAAAACCCAUUGGGACCAGCAAGAAGAGUCCAUGGGUCAGCUGCAAAACAUGUGGAAUAUGAAGGACUUUAAUAGCAUAAACAAUGACGCCAUGGCUAGGUAUAACAUGAACGAUGAGUUAGGAAACGAAGACUUGCUUGGAAGUCCGAGAAUUCCUAACAACAAUCCAAAUACCAAAAACGAACUUGGAGGUGCGUUCUUUAGAAGAAACGUUUACGAUGAAAUGAUGGAGAGCAGUGACAUGAGGGAAGCUAAAUCAUCGGAAGUAAGACCCGGACAAAAACUGCUAAAGAGACAGAUAAGGAUGGAAGAUAAUUUGGGACGUAACGUUAUUGACGAUGUUAUUGGACAAGAGCCUGCAAGGCCGUCUUUUGCUCGAUCACCUCAGCCCACAUUCCUUUUAUUAAAACAGAAAAAGAAGAAACUAUUUGGACAUAAGGACGACUAUCCGGCAUACGGACAAUAUGGAUAUUACAGCGGUCCACCUGUGAAACAUGGAUACUCCUAUCAGCCUCCUCCUCCACCACAUUAUUAUAAUUCUGGAUAUGGUUAUGGGAGAAGUUCCGAGCAUAAUGAAGAGAGACCACUUCUAGGAGCCCAGGAGCAUAUAGACGUCAAUUUUAACCCACCUCAAGAAAAACCUGUUGAAAAAACCGAUGAUGACCAACCCAAAGACCCUCAUGAGGGACACAACCAUCAAACCUCCGAAGAAGUACUCCGUUGUGAACUAGGUGACGAAAUUGCCAAGAAACUUGAGCUGGACGAUUAUAGUUCAGGAAAUAAUUAUUACGAUAGGGCAGUGGAUCAUAUCAAUGAAAUAAACCAUAAGCUGGGGGAUCUUGUUAAGUCGGUUGACCCAACACAUUUAAUCAAGCCUAAGAAGGAAGUAAAAAUAGAGCCACACGUAACUUUUCUUGAAACCCUUCCAGCGUAUGGUGAGGAAAACGGUAUAGGACAUACAAAAUCCGCACUAGAAAAGUCAGCCAGUCCAACCUUCAAUCACGCCCACAGCUUUUCACACUCUCAUACAUUCACCCACAACCACCUUAAGAACCUGCAUCCGAUCUCUUAUAAUAAUCAUGGACACGCACAAGCCAAUGCUCACGCACAAGCAAAUGCUCAUGCACAAGCGAAUGCUCAUGCACAAGCGAAUGCACAUGCACAAGCGAAUGCACACGCAGAAGCAAGCGCACAUCAAGGCUCAGGAUACGUACAUCCAGCUACAUCUAAUGCCCAAACAUAUGCCUCGUCUGGAGUUCAAAGCGGGUUCAUUCAACCCACCCAUUAUCAAGCAAAUGCCCACUCAGAAGCACAGGCUAAAGCCCUCACUAACACUCAAGUUAUUCCGGUACAUGAGGAUUUGAAUGGAUGGCCGGUAAAUGCACAAUCGGCAGCACAAGCUCAAGCAACGUCUGGAGGACAAAGUGCUUUUGUGCCAACAUUUGCCGCAAACGCUCAUGCUAACUCUCAAGCAUUUAAUGAUGGACAUGGUCUUGGACAUGGAGGAGGAGCAUUCAGCCAAGCAGAGGCGAAUGCACAAACGCAUGGUUUCGCACAAUCGAAUGCUCAAGCCAAGGCGUUUAGUGGCAGUGGAGGAGGCUUUUCUGGAUUUGGAAGUGGAGCGCAAGCUAAUGCUGAAGCUUCUGCUCAGACAGGACAGCAGUAUUUUCAAACAAUUGGCCCGAUCCCAUUUGUCCGAGCCUCUGAAGUUGCAAAUGAAGUUGUUGCCAAACCAAAAGAGUCAUUCGUGAUGCCUCAUCUUCACGAAAUGCCAGUUCAUCAGCUACUGCAAGAUAUGGAAACAGGUUCUGAAUUAAUGAGAGCCAAUAGUGAUGAUCAAACGGAUCCAAAUGAGACAGAUGGCGCAGCCCUACAAAUGGGUGAAAAUACACGAAAAAAGCGAGACCUUAAUUUACCAAUUUUACAGUUGCCCUUUGGACUUUCAACGCAUCACGAUUCAACACAAGAUGCCCUAGGGGGACUUAAUUUGGCCUCUAAUAUAGUGCACGCCAGUUUAAACAAUAACCCCCUAUUACAGAAAAAUCAUGAUAAUAUUGAGCACUCUGGAAAUUCUAUGGAUUUUGCAAAGGGAAUCGUGGAAUCCAGUUUAGGCAGUAGUAAAGUCCUGCAUGAUAAAGGCGAUGAUUUAAACACUGAAAAGACAACGGAGAAAAUAAAUUCAUUGGAAGACACUAAAGAUGUGGUUUUUAACGGGAUUUCAUCCAUAUCUAACUUGGUUGGUUCUAGUAUCAGAACUAAAAAUCAUGCCAAUGACAGCCAUAUAAUGUCUGCUUUGCCUAAUCACCAUAAUGGCACUAAAAAUGUGGAAAAGUUAAAAAGUAACAUAAAUACCACAAAUUUAACACAAAAACUGAAUAAAACCAAUGAGCCAGAAACAACUGAACCUCUAGCAGAUGCUACACUAGGAUCUCCCAAUCCGAUAAAAAAUAUUGAAAAAACAGAAGACGCAGCUUCUGAGCAACCUGUAACAAACACUGAAAAGCAGAGUACCGAAAAAAGCGAAUUCCAAAGUAAUGACAACGCAAAUUCUGUGACUAGCAAUACGCCGCUAAGCUCUUUACCUGUUUUGGCUUCAACGGAAAUGGACCAGAGCAUCUUAGGACUAACCCCAGACGAAAUCGAGGAUAUCCAGUUUUCCAUUCCGGACAAUGCCACCACCGAAUCAGCAACGGAAAAUCUGGAUCAAGAAACAACGAUUUCAGGGAUUUUAGGAGCAAAACACGUAGUAGAUCCUUUGGCAAGUUUGGAAGCGGAGAUGGACGCACUUACUGAAGAGGAAAAGAAAACAUUCAUCAAACAAGAAAUGAAACUGAUAUCUGAAAUUGUUCGAGAAUCUUUGCAGAACAAUAAGGAUCUUAUAAGAGAAAUGGCUGAAACAUCAGAACCAGAAAGAUCGGUGAGUUCGCCUAAUAUUAUCCGGGCCUUUCCAAGCGCUAGAAGUCACGAGGAGUUUAUUAGACGUAGACGUGCUGCCAAAGAGAACGAAGCCUUCGAUGCCAUCCUUGGGGCACACAGAGAAAAAGUACAAAAUAUACAAAAUCAAGCCACUGACGAUGGAGACUUAUUAAUGAUAAGUUUCAUUGGAGACAGUAUGAUAAAAGAUCUGGAAAAGAGAAGAAACCACACAUUAACUACUAAUUCAACGAAAGUCAAGCGAUCUCUUCCAAAUUUCGACCCCAAUCUGACUCCAAUUACGAGAUUAGUCAACGAACCUAAUACCAAGAUCGACGCAACUAAAACUAUGGAAAACAUUGGCUCGAUUGUAAGACAUACCUUUGAAAGUCCUAAAGCUCCCAUGUACCAUGUAAGAAACAUGCUAGGCAAUACUAAAAACACUGUGAUGUCUGCGAUUAAAAUACCGCCACAUAAUUUACUGGUGCCCUCGGAAUAUAAGAUCGUGCAGCAUUCUGAACCCAAUAACUCACUUCUUGGGGAUAUUAAUGAAAAAAUGUUAAUAGAAAGAAGUGGAUCGGAGCAAUCAGAUCAGGCUUCGGAAAACACCUUUGGUAUUACAGAUACUUUCCAAAAAAUCGGAGGAAUCGUUAAGAGCAGCGUUGACAGUGGAAAAAACGUUUUUAUCCACGCCAACGAUAUGGCGGCAGAUGCUAAAAAUGUAGUGCAUUCGAUCAAAGAAUCCGCUCCAAAACUGGCAAACCCCGGCCAAAUUCCAGUUUUUAUUGCCAGAUCCGCUUUGCCCUCACCGGACUUAUUAAAGGCAAAAACAAUUAUUUUAGCCCCAAGAUUACUUGAAGCAAAAGAAAACGUUUUAGGGGCACAGCCUCAAAGUGAUCAGUUUGUCGGAGUGGGACGACUUAUGGAUUCAGUAGGUGUGUCCAAACCCGAAGAUGCCAACUUUAAAUGGAACCAAAUUGCCAUGCAGCCAGUUAAGAUGCAGGAGUCAAACUUUGUUCAACAAACUUUAGAGAAUGAAGAGAAUUCUCCUGUAGUUGGGACCACUUUAAGUGAGGAAGCAGAUUCAAUCCUUGACGCAUUGGAAAAAGCCAAAGCAGCAGCCGAUACGAAAGAAUAUUUCGAAAUAUUAACUGACGUACAAAAAAAAGUACAAGUUUGGUCCAAAAGGCGCCAAGAAGUGCAAGCACUGAUUGAAGCCAAUAGAAACAAAACUUCAACAACCCCUAAACCUGAUAGUGUAAUGGAGGGUAGUACAGAAGUCGCCAAAACGUCUGCGGAUGAUUUAACCACUAAAACACCUGAAACUAAUUCUGAAGGUAAUUUGGAAACAGGAUUAACUUCCGAACUACCUCCUAAUACUGAUCAAGUUGUGGGUUCAUCAAAGAUGGAGGCCACCGUAAAACAUAUAUUUAAGAACACCGGCACGGAUUUGCCCCCUGAGGCAUUUAAAGCCUUCGCAGACGAUUUGCCCAUUAAGAAACCUCAAAAACCUAAAUAUGUCCACAAACCAAUUGAUACUAAAGAUAAUGUGGGAGUUGCUUUAGCGUCUGAAACAGCACUCAACUCCCCUAUUAGUGAUCCAACAGUGGGAUCACCUAUAAUAGAAGCCACCGUUGAAGAUAUUUUCAAAAAAACCGGCACAGAUUUGCCUCCUGAAGUCUUUAAAGCCUUUGCCGAUGAUUUACCAAUUAAGAAACCACAGAGGCCAAAAUAUGUCCACAAACCAACUAAUUCUGAGGAAAAUGUGGGACUGGCUUUGCCGUCCGAAUUAGAGAAACCAUUCAUGGGACAGGUCUCCAAUGAUAACCUCAAUAGUUUCUUUGAGGAAAACGGCGAUAGAUCCUCGGAAAUCGGAGGGCAAAAUAAAACAAAAUCGGCGCAAGAACCUGCGCAUCCCACUGUUGAUAUUCCUCAAUCGGCACUGAACUAUCAAAUUCCAAUUGGACUACUUUUGGGAAAGAAUGAACCAAAGGACUUUGAGGAGACCGAAAGAGACAUUCAGCCCAUCAUUUCAGAAUCUAAGGAGAAUGAAGCAAGAACCAGUAUGGUGGUACCAAAGAGGCAAAUGCAGCCAUUUAUGGGAAGGUUAGACAAAAAUGAAGUUCACAGCUACCUAAACCGGUUCAAUAAUAACCUUCCAACUGAUGAAUAUGAUUUAGAGGGAAGAUACGAUUUAGAAGGGAGAGAGGAAGCCCCUUUUAAAGAGCUAUUAUUUCAACCAGAAGAAGAGGAUUAUAACAUGUUUUAGAUUAGGAUAUUAUAAUAUUUUUUAUGAUUGUUUUCUUAAUAAAUGGGGUGAUGAAUUGUA